GAGCUUAUUCUAAUUAGUCCGAAUGCCUUUGUACGCAGUGAUCGGUUCCGUGUUUCCUACCCUCGAUAGGGAUUCGGAAGUUGUUCAAUGAAACUUUUGUAAAACAAAGUCUGUGAAAAGAUGAAGGAAAAGAUGGGUGUUCUUGUGCUUGUUUUCCUCGCCUGUUUGAUAGGUUGUACUCUUUCAAGAAGUAUCUAUACAGUAGAACAAGAACCUGGAACCAUUCUUUUGAACGUAUCGGCAAAUGCGUUGAGACAAAAAUGCGAUUUAAAAGGUGGCGAGACAGCUGAGAAUUUUAAAAAAUUCAUGAAAUCCUACCUUUCACGUACCACCGAUAUUCACAAAGAAAUUCCAGUAAAAAUGAAAAGAGGUAAUCGUACCAAAGAUUGGGACACAGCAUUUAACGAUUUUUAUUACAUGGAUACCAAUCUGAGAAAGAUUAUGAGGAAAUUGACGGAUUCUGUGCUAUCUUGCUUGGACGAAAUCGAUUUGGACGACCAAAGUAAACAAGAAAUGAUCGACUCUGCUCUGGAAAAAGUCAGUGCUGCUGGAAAAUAUGUAACUAUUGCAAUGUCGGAUGGAAAGUGCUUUGAUGAAGCAGGAUGGGCGGCAUUUACACUCUGCACAACAACCUCUGACCCUAAAGGCUCGCCUUUCAUUCCACUUCCGCUUGUUUAUAGCCACGAUGAGUGCAAUGACAUUUUUAAAACUCAAGAGUGCUAUAUAAAUACAGUGAAAAACUGUGAGGAGUCAACAAGGACAGCAAUGAACUCUACUGUCAGUGGGAUGAGGGAGUACAUUCGAUGCGAUGGUUUUUCACGUCUCACUCAAUCUGCUAUAAUUACUGAGGGGCAUUAAAUCACAAUUUCCUGGUUCCUUCGUAACAAUAACAAAAUGAGAGUAUUUACAAUCACAUUCUACAGAGAUAAAUUAAUUAAGAGAAGAAUUUUACUAAUUAGUUUUUACGACUAGCAAUAAUUAUGUUUUUAUGUAAAAUCGUAAACGGGUACUUACAACAUAUUUUGUUCAUUAAGACUGAAAUUCUUGUGGUAUGAAAUUAAAUUCAACUAAAAAAAUGAUAAAAAGAUAGUAAAAAGAAUUAAUAUUCAUAGAUAACCACGCUGGAAUGUUUCCAGGAUGUUGACAUGUUGAUAACAUUAUCCGCCCUCAAUUGAGGCCUGUCGCGUCAGCUAUGUGCUACCCUAACCAUAAAUACAAUGUAAUGUGCAGUCUAUAAUUCUGAUCUUUGACUUGGUUUUUUUUUGUCUGGGUCGAUAACAUUUCUAAUGUGAAAGAAAGAGAUAAAUAAUGAGAGUUAUGUCUUCAUUAGUUUCGAAAAAAUCCAAUAACGUUUCCGCGACUCGUAUCAAUAUCUACGCUAUGUGAAUCAUUCCUUAAGAAAUAUUAUCUAUUUUCAUACAAAUGUGAAUAAAAUUGUUUCGCUUUCCCCACGA